AUGGAGGGUCAACAAUCUGAAAUGGAGAUAGAGGUCCCUGAAUACUCUGACUUUGUGGAGCAAGAACAGAUUCAGAAGAGAACCUUCACCAACUGGAUCAAUGCUCAGCUAUCUAAGAGGAGCCCUCCCACAACAGUGCUGGACCUGUUCUCUGACCUUAGAGAUGGGGCUCGCCUCCUUGACCUGCUCGAGGUGAUGAGCGGCCAGCGCAUGAAACGGGAGAGGGGCCACGGGUUUUUUCAGCACAGGGGUAACAUUCAGACGGCCUUGAACUUCCUCAAGAAGAAAUCGGUUAAACUGGUGAACAUCAACAUCCCGGACAUCAUCGAGGGACGUCCCUCCAUCAUCCUGGGCCUCAUAUGGACCAUCAUCCUCCACUGUCACAUUGAGGAGCUGGCCAGCACACUGUCCUUCAGCUCACGCCACUCUUCCUUGGACUCCCUGGCCAGUCUGGACUCUCGCUCCAGUAGCCCUGCCCUGGGAAGCCCAACCCCAGGUAGUCCUGCCCCUCGCGGGCGAGCUUCGCCCCUCCACACUCGCUUCCGCGUCUCGGCCAAGAAGGCCCUGCUGAUGUGGGUCCGAGACCAGUGCCAAAGGGCUGACUGCUCCCUCAGUGUCAAGGACUUUAAGUGCAGCUGGCGCAGUGGGAUGGCAUUCCUGGGCAUCCUGUGUUCUCUGAUGCCAGACCUGGUGGACCUAACUCAGGCCCAGUCUAGAAGCAACCAGCAGAACUUGGAGGAGGCCUUCCGUCUGGCUGAGCAGGAGCUACACAUCCCCCGUCUGCUGGAGCCCCAGGACGUUGACGUGAAAGACCCAGACGAAAAGUCCAUCAUGACCUAUGUGGCCCAAUUCCUGCAGUAUUCCAAUGACCUCCCCACACCACCCGACGAUGAUGACCUGCAGGCCUCACCCAAUCAAAGGGCCCGGGAGGUGACCUGCUGGCUACAACGGACCUAUCAGGAGCUGCUGGAGGUGUGGGCCUCCACGGAGAAAAAAGCCUAUGCAGAGCGGUAUCAGGCAUUCCAGGCAUUUGCGGUCUCCUUCAGUGAGCAGCGACGGCCAGUGAUGCCCCUGUUGGGAGCCAUGCGACGCUGCCCGGAGCCCAGCGAGGAGCAACGUGCCCUAAGAGCAGCCUGGGACUGCCUGGAAGAGAAGCUGCGACAGUGUAAGGCUGAGCUGGAUACGUAUCUUCCUGCGCCAAUGGACUGUGUCGGGGCGUGGCUUCACCGUAUGGAGGCAGUACUAUCUGAAGAGGGAGGAAAUGCUCAGGACCACGCCUGUGCUGCCAAAGAAGCAAGAGUCAAACAGGAGAAACUUAAGAAUUCAAUGGUUGAGUUGAGCAGCCACCUCAACAUCCUUCACACGUUCUGCAACCAGGCUGAGACCGGUGCUGUACUCGUGCCUGUGGAGAAGUUAGACGAAAUCAAGAGACGUUUCACCAACGCCCGUGUCACGGCUAAGUACCACGGGAUCAAACUGGAAUACCGGGAGCACCGGCACACUGUCCAGGAUCUACUGGCUCAAAUUGGUGCCAAGUUACGCUCCUGGAAAGGGCCCUACAGCUCCCAGGAUGCAGUGCGUCUGCUCCUACAGGACUGGCAUGACACAGUGGAUCGCCAAUGCCUAGUUUCUCAUCUGAUGGAUGCCCUCCAAAAAUUGAAACAGACAGCCAGCACUUACACAAGCAAGGCAGCUCUGGGUGAGGAUGCCCAGCUUGUCAGUAGGCAGGUGAAGGAGGCAGAGAGUGACACGGCCACGAGCACAGAGGAAGUGGCGGCAGUGAAAGGCACCAUAGAACGUGUGUUGAGUACCUGGGAGGCCUACCGCAAGAAUCUUCCCCCCCUACAGACGUGGCUGGCUCAGGAGUCACAGUCACCUAUACAGUCCUCUGGGACAGAGGGGACAUCCCAGCAGGUGUCCCAGUGGAGCACCCUGCAGGCCUACCUGAACGAGGUGGGUAACUUCCUCAUCGAGGUCACAGACCCAUCUACCAGCAAAGCUCUGGUAGCCGAACUUAGUAAGCUGAACAUGCAGUGGGCCGCCUACAUGAAGAGGACUAUGUUUGAGGUAUCGAACCAGCUCAGUGCUGGUCCUCUGAGCAUCCAGGCGGUACAGGCUCUGGCCCAAGAGGCAGGCUGGGUGCUGAGGGAGCGCCUAGAGGUGGAGUCUGUCCCACUGAAAGCCUACAAGAAGAGGGUGCAGCUUUUGAGUAAGAAGAUAAUGGAGGUGGAUUUGGGUUCUCUCAGCCCAUCCCCAGACUUCCCUGUGGACAAAGUGGAAAAACUCAGACAUACACUCCCGGAGGUUUGGCAAGCGCUGGCCAGAGCGGAAAGGACAUGCAGUGAUCUGCAGAGGGCCACGUCCAUGUUAGAGGGCCGUUUGGCCGAGCUGAGUCACUGGGGGACCGAAGCCCUGGAGGUUCACCAACACCUGGAAGAGAGGAAACCUGGAAGAGAGGCCAAAGCACUGAUCUCUCGUGGCCUGCAGCUUGAGGGCCAAGUGGUGACAGAGGGGCAGGACCUGCAAGUCCUGGUGAAGAAAGCACAGACGAACUCCCCUAUUCAACACCUCAAUGCAGCUGCUUUGGAAGACAGAGUCACAGAAGCAGUUGCUCAGGCUCAGGAAAUGGUGGAGAUGCUUAGCUCCCUGGGGUCAAGGCGAGCUCGGGUGCCGGCGGGGGAUGAGCCACCACCCAAGGUGGUAGUCCGCUGGUACUCACUGCCAGAGACCCAGACGGGUUCAUUUGCAGCGGCCACAGCCAAGAGCAAGAGUGACCUGCCAUCCCACGCCAAGCUUGUAACUCAGACACCCCCACAUCGGCGGCACACAGAGCCCCAUAGCCCACUGCAAGGGGAUCGUCUAUCCCAGGCCAUCAGCCAGACAGCCACCACCAAGGCCCUAUCACAAAGUCAACCUCACACUCAGGCCCAAACACAGCCUCAGCCGGUGGGCCUCACUCAAUCUCAGGUUCUGACUCAAAACAAACCUCAAACGCAGCAAACUCAAACUCCCAUUGAACCUCGAGUUCAGCUUCUGGCCCAAAUUCAAACAUACGCCAAACCCAGUGAAACUCAACCUUUGAACCAAAGCCACGAAGAGCAAGAGCAGCAGCCUGUGGAUCAAUCUUUGUACCAUGUUCCCACGGUGCCCCAAACCCAGUCUGAACCAACUCAAAAACAGAUCCACAUCCCCAAAUUCAGAGUUAAAGGCCAGCUGAGGACCCAGAACCCUCCUCAACAGGGUAGCGACCAAGCCUCUCCACACCCACCGUUCAUGGUCCAUAGCGAGAUCUACUCGAAAGCCAAGGCAAUGGCUAGGAGCAGGCUGGAGAAGGCCAAGUUUCGCUUGCAAGAGAACAUCCAGGAAGCCAUCUUACUCUUCAGUGACCGAGAGAUGUCUGACUGGCAAGCCAAGAGAAAAGAGAGGGCCCUGGGUGCUUUGAGGCCCGCCAUCCUGGAGGAGUUCCUGGGGGCCGCUGAGGGUUUGGGGGCCCUCUGUUCUGGGGCCCAGCUCCAAGCCGUGAAGCUACUGUCUCUUUCAGUAAGGAGCCAGUGGGAGGCAUGUCUACCCACAGAGGGCAGUGCGACGCUGAGGGGUGCAGAGCGCCUGGAGGCCCUCAGGGAGCUGUGUGAGACCCUGGCCCCGGAAAGUGCCCCCAGUAGAGCUGCAGUCCAGCGAAGGGAGUCAGGGGGAGGGCAAGGGAGCAUGCUGCCGCAACUGCAACACGGUGCCACAGGGCCCCCACAGGACAGCAGGGGGUGCGAGCCUGGAGAUCACACCCUGCUGAGCGAGACUGGCCAGCAGGCUGGCCCACAAAAGCAAAGCCAGGAGCUCCCACAAAAGCAAGCUGGACACCGCUCUCAGGCUCUGCAAGACCAGAACCAAACCCAACUAAGACAGGACCGCCCACUGCAAGUCCAGGGUCUCCCACUGCAGACCCCGGAACACCCACUCCCAGUCCAAGAUCGCCCAUUGCAUGUCCAGGGCCGCCUACUGCAAGUCCAAGGGGGUCGUUUAAUGCAUGUGCAGAAAAGCCACCAACAAGGCCCAAAUCACACUCAGGUGAUUGUCAGGGGCGAUAGCGUGGAGACCGAGCAGCAGGCACCUGAACGGACAGUCAUCCCGGCCACCGACACCACCCCCACACAGGAAGAGGGGUCGUCGACGCAGGAAGUGGUGGAGAGGUACAGAGCUUCCCGUUCAGCCUUCCAUUCACAGCUCCAGAGAAACAGACAGAGUCUGGAGAGAGAGUUUCAGCCCGAGCCAGUCACCACCUCUGCCCUGCACAGCCACAUCAAGGAGCUACAGGCUCUUAAGCAGGAGACUGAGGUGCUGUGGUUUGAGUUUGAGCUGCAGUCCUCCCAGGUGUCCCAGCAGCAGAGUGCAGAGGGAGGUGGACUGGAGGGGGACAGUGAAGGGGCCAAGCUUGUUCAGCAGUGGAGAGGCCAGCAGAUCUGCCUGCAGACCAGAAUGGCUUCUCUGGACACCACCGUGGAGCUGAUGGAAUCAGCAGACUCUCAGAUAUCACUGAUCUCAGACCAGCUUGACCGCAUCACCAGGCAGCCCAUAGCUAUCUCAGCCUAUGGGCUGACUGAUCCCUGGACUGUGGCUGACUUUAAGGAAAUGGACCAGCGGCUCCACGCGGAGCUGAAGUGCGUGUCGGGGCAGACCUCCGGGGGGGAGGCCCUAGACCCCUCUACACCCCCACCCCAGUGCCACCGCCUCCACCAGCUCAGACAGACACUAAAGAGGGUGCGCUCUGCCGCCGGGGCCCUUGAUCGCUUUCUAGCCCAGAUACGAGAGGCCGACGCUGAGAUACAGGCUGCGCUGGUUCCCUUGGACCACUGGCAACAUGGAGAUGGUGCGACCCGGGCCCGAGGCAGACAUUCCGGGCUGCUGUCUAUCCGGCAGAGUGUGAGGAAGUACGGAGAAGAAGCCGGGAGCGUGGAUGGUCUACUGGAGGCAGCCGGAAUGGAGUUGACAAUGGAAGGAGCUGCUGUGACUUGUCGUGACACAGUGGCAGCGUUGUCACGGCGACUGGAUGAGGCAGACCUCGAGUUGGCCGGAAGCAGAAUUGGGAGGGGACAGAAGCAGAAGGAGGAGGAGGAGAGUUCAGGCCAGAGGAGGAUGGCCCUACUGGUGGUCCUGAGAGAGAUUCAGAGGGCAGUGGAGCAGCAGGGACUGAAGGAGCCGACACUCCCUGCAGUGCAGCACAGGAUGCGUGCAUUGGCAGACCUGGAGGGGCGUCUGGCUGCGCUGCGCUCUGAGCUGCAGAGUCUAGAGGCUGCAGACCGUGCUGCUGCGCAAACGACCCCCAACCCCGAGAGGGGCGGAGCCACACAGGAGCUGGAGACAUUGUGGGAGGAGACCCAUAGAGCCAUUACAGAGAGGCUGGAUCGUUGUGGAGGUCUAACAGAAUUACUGAAGAGGUUCCAAAUGGUACACAGUCGUCUAAGCAGCACCUUACAGAGGGCCGAGCGCACCAUCAGUGAACAGGCCUCGUACAUGGGCAAAGACAACCUACAGAGACUCUUCACUAAGGUCCACAGCACCAAGGCAGAGUUGAGUGGUCUCGGGGAGGGAGUGGAGGAGAUGCGAGGCGUCUGCAAGCAGCUGCAGUCUCAGCUGCGCCAAAUCCUUGACUACCCUGAAACUCCAUUUGAGAGCGAGGCUGACACCCUGAUGGACCGCUGGCUAGAUGUGACAGAGAGGACGGACUCUCACCUGGACAACCUACGCAUGGGGCUGGACCUGUGGGAUGGGCUGCUACAGCUGGGCGGAGAGGUGGAGAGCUGGACCAGCCACAAAAUGGCCCACUUGGUGCAGUCACACCCCUUCCACAGCGAACAAGAAGUCACAGCUAUGCAGGAGGAGAUCCGGGUCCAGGAGGAGAGUGUGGGGCGCUUCCACAGGAGGGCCUCUGAGAUCCAGGUCUUGUUGCAGAGCAAGGAGCCCCCACUGGAGCUUCAGGUGAUCGAGACCCAGAUGAGGAAGAAGAUGGAGCAGGUGAAGGAGCUCUUCUCCGACCUCGAGGAUGUCUACAGGCACCUGGUGGUGGCCAAGGGACAAGUGGCAGCCAAGAUGGCCGAGUGUCACUCCUCUCUUCAAGGCAUCCAGGACUCACUAGACACGCUCAGUGCUGCCGACGGCCCAAAGCUCCUCACACAGAUUCAGGAGCUGUCUGCACAGCUUCAGACACAGGAAAAGCAGGCGGAGGGCCUCCUGGAGGAGCUACACCUCAUGACCUCCGUGGCCAGCCCACAGAGCUUGCAGAGCCUAGCUGCGGAUGGUGUCCGGCUGCAUGAGCUUGUCUGCGCAGCCCGUCAGCACAUUAGUGAAAUGAGGGUGCAGGCCCAGAGGGAUAUCGAGGCCUUGCACAGUUUGCAGGAGGAGUGUGCCCGUCUGCAAGAGUGGUUGCAAGCCGCAGUGCUGAAGGUGGAGAAAGGGGAGGAGCUUAGCCGCUUGCAGGAGGAAGUAGUCGAACACAGUAAGCACACAGAGGCCCUCAGUGGACACAUAACCACCUUGCAUGGGAGCACCCUAAAGCAUUCCCCCCUCCUAAAAGAGAGUGAGAAACUUCUAGAGCGCUGCUGCAGUCUCCACACCCAUCUGUUUGCCUCCAAGGAGAACCAGAGCUCUCUGACCAGCCACACCCAGGCCUUCCAGACUCUGGUCCAGGACACCCAAGCCUGGGUUAGAGUCUUGCAACAGCAGGCUGACUCUCUGGCCACUGGAGCCCCAUGCAUCCACAGCCAGGCUGAGCAAAGACUACAAGCUGCAGAGACUGUGUUGAGUGCCAAGGCAGAGGGAGAGUCUCGUAUGGAGGAGCUGAAGGAAGCAGGCCAAAGGCUGGCCUACAGACCGGGCCUGGUAGAGAGUCUGAAACUGGACGUCAUGCAGACCGUCAGUUACACAGAGGUGCAGUGGGGAGCCAUUCUGCAGUCUGCAGACCAACACCGCAGUCUGCUGCAUGGUGAGCCCGAGCUCUCCUCCUCUCUUCUGGUCCAGAGGCAGCAGGCCUGGUCCAGAGUGGACCAGCUCCAGCACCAGACUACCCAGCUCUCCCUGUUAUUUCCCUGGCCCGGCCUGGCCCAACACAGGCAGGCUGCCCAACAGGCCCGGGCACUACUGGACCAGGCCACAGCCUUGGGGCCGGCCUUCUCUGCCUUGGGGAACCAGAGGAAGGAGCUAGCCCAGCGCACCAAGGACCCCAAUUGGGAGGACCCUUCCUGGGCUACACUAGAGGAUUGCCAACCCGCCUUGGUCAAAAAGCUCCAUGGAAUGUGUAUGAGUCUUGAGGGAGGCGUCCGUAACGAGGAUCGCUGUGGCCAGCUGGUGCAGGAGUGCCGGCACACAUUGAACUCACUGCAGGAACGGAUGCUGGGUAUUGAGUCCCAGCCCAGAGACUCUAGUUUCCUGGAGACUGAUACAGGGGCUGUGGAGGCUUUGCAGGAGGCCGUGGGCCACAUGGAGAAAGACUUUGUGGAGCUCGAGUCUCUUAAGGACAUCCUGCUUGCCAGCUGCACCACCAAGGGUCAGGCCACUCUGUCUCAAGAGGUCAAAGAUCUCCAGGACCAGAAGGAGGAAUUAGAGAGGGGCGUCAGCUGGCUGGCUCAACUACAGGCAGAGGAGCAGGUAGCCCGACGAGACCAGCGAAUCAGGGAGGAGGUUGACAACCUUCAGAGGGCCCUACAAGGCUCGGCUGAGCGUUUGGGGGACGACCCAGAAACGACCGAAGGAUUCACUGAUAUUAGGCAGCUCCAGCAACGCUGGCAAGUCCUACAGGCUACACUGAACAAUGGGAAGCAACUCCAAGGGACUCUACGUGAGGCGCUGUCACAGCUAGACUUCCUAUUGGACUGUGUCGGAAGGGAGCGGGUGGAACAGUUCGAGAGAAGGGCUGGACAGGCCCUUAGCAACAGUGCAGCUCUCCUCACAGCCCUAGCCCAAUCCCAGGUGUCCCUAGUGAGCACAGAGGUGGAUGGAGACCAUAAGAAACCAAGCAACACACCUGACAAAGCGCCAUCUUGCAGCGAGGCAUCCCUUUUGUCACAACCUGUAGAGGAAGUGACUCCAGGCGGGAUCAAACCUCUUCAGGCUAAUAUUGACUCAACGAAAGGUCCGGAAAAAGAGCAGGCUGAAAGCAGAGUGCAAAGCAAAAGAGCCAUUACCAGAGGAACAAUGGAUGCUGUUAAAGAACCUACCAAGAAAGUGAUGAGCGACACUGAACAAAGAGCAGAGGGCAAAGAAUACGGCAAAGACUCAUUGAAGGCCUGGAGCAUCCAGCCAGCAGAGAUAAUGGUCACAGACAUGGAGGAUGGGGAGAGUCAAAUACAAAUUCCCAUGGGAGAAACCUUAACUCCCAUCACCAACGUUGAUAUCUCAGCCACUGUGGUGGUACCAGAGACCCCGGAAAGAAAGCAGCUAGAGACGCAUGCAAGACCCACAGACAAAUCACAGUCAGAUAACAAAACACAACGCACAGAGUCUAGAGACUGCACUGAGACAAAGAAAGUAUUUACAAUUGUUUUGGACAUGGAGCUACCUCCGUCUCAGUCCAAGGACAUUCAAACCAGGGAGCCUCCUUGUGGUAAUGGCUCAGAUACAUUUAGCUCUGGUGACUUUCCUUCAAAACUGACUGAUAGUUCUGUCACUGAGAGCACCAAGAACACAGAUGGCGGGCGGCGUGUCAAGUCAAAGCACAGGCGGCGGAGGAGGGCUGAUUUUAGGAGCUCAGCGUCCAAGGGCCCCAAAGUGAAGAGUUACAAGGGCCCCUCUGCUUCAAAGAACACGGAAUCAGAGUGGGAGCAAUCGCAGGGCCCCAAAACAAAAGGUCUGAAAUCAAAAGGCCCCGAAUCAGGGCUCACAGAGUCUAAGUCCGCUGAAUUGGCGCACACCGAAUCCGAGUCACUGAGACACACUGAUAACUCUGACAACACUGAACCAGGAAGUGUUGACGAUGACGUAGACACAGACGCUAAAGAUGCCAGACAGACAGAAAUGACAGACAGCCAAAUAGCUGUAAACACAGAAGCCUCUGACAGAAUGAAGGAGACUACAGACAUCACCUGUGCUACAGACAGCAAAGAUAACAGACAGACUGUGAGCAAAGACACUGGAAAGAUAGACACUACUGACAUGCUACAGGUAUGGAGAGCCUUCAUGGAGAAGUUGGGGGUCACGGUCAGCCUCACUUCUGGGUACCGGUCUCAGUCUAAAGGGCUGGUAGAGAGGACCAACCAGGAGCUGGGGAGGUUCCUAAGGAGUCACUGCCAGGACCGGCAGGGGGAGUGGGCCCGGUUCCUUCCAUGGGCGGGAUAUGCCCAGAACUCACUUUGCGUAGAUGGAUUGAAUAGUGCGGGUGAUACCUGGGUGUCCAGCGGCGUGGGAUGUGUGCGCCCAGGUAAACAGAUGAUUCCUCACCUCCGUGGGGACGUAGAUGUGCUCAGGAGGGCAGGUAGCAGGUGCCCUCUCCAGAGCCUGGCAGAUGUCCACAUCUACGUCACAAAACACAGGAUGAUCAGGGGCCGUUCCUCUGCCCCAGUGGACUUCGCGUUGGGAAGCACCGGACGCCGGAUGCCUCUCCUGGCCACAAUAGGGACACAGCCCCAGCUACCUCCGGCGACGUUGCUCUGCUGUGGGGAGGUGUGUGACCCCUAUUUCCAUGGGUUCAGGCUCUGCUCCAAGACGGCCAAAAGAGUAGAGCAAGGUGCGAGGGGCGCGCCGGCAUUCCCAACGAAGGUUGUCCAGACAGGUGGCCAUCGCGAUGAGCGCGUCCAGGGAAAGGUUGUCGUCUCGGCACGCCAACUCCAUCUGGACCUCCUCGCGCAUUCUUCUUCACUGGAGGCUGCCACGGUCCGUAAGAUGCAGGAGGGGAGUGAAGUCAAGAGGAGUACCUCGGUCCAGACUGGGGGGUUGCUAUCCGAAGCCGUGGCGAAGGUGGAGAGAGUUGGGGGAGCGGUGCGCCCGGAGGUCCCGCGUCACAGGUCCACUAUGCAAGGCAUCCUCUCUGAGGUCCAAGGGUUGGUGGAGAGGAAGGACAAAAUCAAGGGAUGCCAGUGGAUGGAGGCGGCUUGGUACCUGCAGCCUUCGCUGAGAAAGCCAGAGAUCCAAAUAGGGCGCACUGUCCUCAGGGUUCUAGGAUGCCGCUACCAGCCAGCCCAGCUCAACCCUGCCAACAUGGCCCAGCAACUGACGGAGGCUGAGGACUGCAGACGCUACGUGCUUGAGCAGGUGGCUGCGAUAAACCAUGUGGUCGGUGAUCCAGAGGACGCAACAAAUCUGGAGGGGCGAUGGAGUGCAGCCCUGUUGGAUGCCUCGGCCACAGUGCAGGUCAAAGAGGCUCAGCUUCACCUGGUCACACAGUACCACAGGCAGACUCAGGCCAUCCGGAGCAUUCUGGAGAGAUGGGCAAGCGAGAUGGAUGAGCUACAAUUGGACACUCGAAGCAGUGCGCUUCAGGCUGAAAAACUACAUACUCUGUUAUGUAACAUUGAACAGCAGAAGGGCAUGAUGGGGGAGCUACUCCAGGUGUGUUGCCAGGUGUCUUCCCACCUGAGUGAAGACGAGGGGUCAGGGGCACUCCUCGCUCAGCUAGGGGAUCUGCAGGAGGAGUGGAGGCUUUUGGAGGGGGCCGGGAAUAGAGGCCUGAGGCAUGCCUCAAUUGGUUCUUCUCAGUCCUCUAUCCUUCUACAAAAGGCUGAGCAGCUGCAUUGCAAGCUUGAGACUCUUCAGAAGUCCAUCACCCUCUUACAGUCCUCUCAAUUGCAGCAUGACACUCACAAAGCUUUAGAGCUGACCUUUAUGACUGCUGACUUGAAAGCCUUCAACCAGCAGUACCUACACCUGCUGGGGCAAUCAGAGGAUUUUACCCAAUUUUCUCUUGGGCAGAAGGAGAAGGAGGAUGUGGAGUGUACUCUUCAGAGCUUGAGCUACUUACUUGCCUCCACUCAGAGGUUGCUCUCUGCUCAGUCAUACUCUAUAGCAAAACCCUCCUUGGCUAAAAUCAUCAAGCAAAUGCAAGACUUGAUUAUCUGGGCCAAGCAGGCGGAAAACCACAUCGCAGCAGGUGAAAAGGUAGCCCUCUUCCCAGAAGAGGCCCGUCUCCAAAUUGCCAGCAUGAGGAAACUUCAAUCUGAGAUUUUGGCAAGGCAUUCCAGGAUGCACUACAAAGUUGAGGACCUGAAAGAACUGAUUUCGGAUGAGGGGGAAAUUGACAAAGUGCUGUCAUCACUGAAGACCUUGAAGGACCUCUACGAAACAGUCUCAGAUAACUCUGCUCGUAUUCUGAAGGAAAUGGAGGCUGUUUUGGAGGAAAGAGAGAAGAUGCUGGUCCAGAUCUCAAAAGUGAACACCUGGCUAGCAGUGGCAUACCAUGAGAGAGAGGUCACCGCAGAUGUAGAGAAUGUGUCCAAAGACACCAUCCCAGAUCUGGAAAGCAAGCUGCAGUUUCACAUGGGUGCCAUCAAGGAAGCAGAAAGACAGCUGGCUGUCACGGACGCCCUUUUGGAGACCUGCAUGGAGGUCUCUUCGGGGUUGAGUUCAGCAGAGAGCCACUUUCUUGUCAACAGGCUCACAGGGCUCCGGACCGAGGUGGAUGAAAUGGUGGCCCACGAGAAAGCAGCCCACUGGGAGCUGGAGGAACUGCUUCACACCCGGACUUCUUCGGCCGAGGAACUGGCGGCUGUCCAGGUGAGCGUGCAACAGAUAUGGGCCGACCUGGAGAGGCAGAGGUUCCCAGUGACAAAGGACUCCCUAUCUGCCAUAGAGCCCUUGACACACAUGCUCCUGGAGCACCAAUGUCAGAUCCAGGAACUCCAGUACUGCCAAGAGGACCAGAAAAGCACCCUCUUGCGUACCAUUGGCGAACUGCAGGAGAAGGUGAAAACUCUCCACCACCACGCCCUGGAACAUGAGAAGUACCUGACCUACCGGCAGCGCAUGGAAGACUCCAGGGAGGUGGCAAAGGAGCGUGCUCAGUGCUCCAAAGACAAGAAAGUCAGCGUGGGGGAAAGGUUCAGUCUUUGCCAGGCUCUCCUCGUGGAACUUCCACUGGUGAAGACCCAGUGCCAGGAUGCUUCCGACCAGCUCGAGGCCAUCGCCCAAGACCUGCACCUAUCGGAUAGAAUGUUGCUCCUGUCGGAGAGGCAGAGGAUCCGGCAAACUGUUGAAAACCUAGCCUCCUGGGAGCUUGCCAUCACUGACGACGUCAAAAACCUAGAGGGAAAGCUGCUGGAGGGUCUCAGAUUCUGCACCGAGCUUCCUGCCAUGAUGGACCUUCUUCAACAGGUCAGGCAGGAGCUGACGGAGUCCGACCCGGUGAAGCCAGACGUGAGGGCCAUCAACAUAGCGCUGCGGAGGUGCUGGGUGAUCUGGAGGAACGUAGAGUCUGUCAUGCGGGUGUUGGAAGCUUUGAGGCAGAGAGAGCAAGUGGAGAUGAGCCAGUGUGGGGAGCUGCACACCCUGAGGAAUGACGUUGUGCAGAAGUGCCACGCAUGCAUGGAGAAUUUGUCCCAUGCUCGGGAAGCCCUGAAGGAUUACCACUGGGCUGCCCAAGGAGUGGUAACCUUCCUCCUCGAAGCCGAGGCCAUGUUCCUGGCACCUCCAGGCGGAUUUGUGGACUGCACAGAGGAGCAAUGGCACACCCAAGAGCCCCUAGCCUCCCUGGGGGAGAGCCUCCAGGUGCAAAUCAGCCAUCUCCUGGAGCUGGCACCCCAGCAGGCCUGUCUCUCUUUCCCCCAGAGCGAGCAGCUCCACAUCCGGGUCCUGAGCCACCUUUUGGUGGAGAGGGCCGCACUCGAGGCCCAGGUUGAGCUCAGGACAGAGGCCUUGCAGAGGUGUGCAGACAGACAAAGCCUCCACAAGAAGUGUCAUGAGGAGGUAUGGCAUAUCCUGAAGAAAAACAAAUCAAGGCUCUCUGAGUGUGCUGCCCAGGAAGUGACAUCCUACACCAACUGUGCUGACCAACAGGAUAGAGCCAAGACCCUGUCGGAGGAGGUGCUGUCUAUAGCUGGGAAGCUGGAGGAGCUGAGGGCGGUGUGCCCACUGCGGGGGUGCUGUGUGGGCUCCGAGGGGGCACAGGGUGCCCUCUGGAGGCGCUGGGCGGCACUGCGGCGCGGCAUCAGCCUCCUCCGGACACGCUUGGAGCAGAGAGGGGCGGAGUGGAGGGACGUCACCAAGAGCAUGGCUCGAUGCAGCAGUGCUCUGGACAAGCUGCAGGGUGAGCUGUCGGACCCCACUGCAGUAAGCUCCGCUCAGGGGGCCCCGAUGGUUCUGCUAGUGCAGACGGAGCAGCACCAGGCUGGACUAGAGCGGGAGCAGCGAAUCCUGGCCUCCCUGGAGCUCCGGCUCUCCCAGCUCCUGGGUGUGUCCAGCCCUCAGGAGGCAGCUAGCCCUGUCCCAGUCUGCCAACGGCUGAGGGACAUGCAGGAGCGCUUUAGGAGCCUGAGAGAGCGGAGCAUGCUGGUCCGGAGCGCGGCGCUUUCAGAGGAGCAGGAGAGGGAGCGCUUGCAAGAGCAGAUCGGAGAGGUGGAGCAGCGAGUAGCUACCCUGCUCUCCAUUCUGGUGUCCCACCCCAGCACACGCCAACUCAAGGAGGUCAGAGUGGAGUUGGGUUCCCUGAGGGCCAGAUUACAGUCCAUCAUGGAGUGUGUCGGGACAAAGUAUGUCGCUGUUACACCUCCUGAGGUGGAGAGACAGCUGCAGGAAGUCACUGGCUCUCUGCAGGACAUGGAGGAGAAGGUUGGCCAAGCCCUGGAGAAGAGCAGCCCACUCAAUAGGCUGAGUAGCAGAAUGGGGGAGAUCCGUGUCGGGCUAGAAGAGGUCCAGACAUUGCUGCAGCGGAAGAGCUCCUCUGUGUCCGAGGCUGAACAUGUGCUAAAGUUUGUAUGGGACCAGCUGGACCAGUGGCACGGCCGGCUGGCCCUCCUGGAGGGCGAGGUGCAGGAGGCAGCCGAGGAGGAGCCGGAGCAGGCCCAACUCCUCAUGGACCAGAUCACCCAGCCACUUCAGCUCUACCAGGACACGGCCCAGAAGGCUGAGCAGCGCACUGCCUUCCUCAGCAAGAUCCCUGCCUGCCUCCAGGAGUAUAACGAUAUAAUCCAUAGUGCUGGCUGCUGGCUAGACGAAUCCCAGUCCUGGCUAGACGCUCCCGGCACCUACACCACAGCCAGGAGCCUCCAGAGCCAGACCAACACACUGCAGAUGGUGCUGGAUGACUCAGAGCGUAUCCGGGCCACUCUGGUGGGCUUCGGACCUGUGUUGGGGGAGAUCAAUGCUGUGUGUCACACCACUGCUAUGGAGGAUAAGCUAGUCCAGACCGAACGCCAAGUCACCGCCAUGCAGCAUAACAUCAUGGGGCCAUUGGACCAGCUGCUGCACGUCACUCCGGAAGUGGAUGCCAUUGAAGCAGAGGUGAAGACAAUGGAGAAAAAUGUGACCAAGAUCAGAGCUAUUUUAUCCUCCGCUGAUACAUUGGACAUCUCACUUGAAGAACACCUCCACAACCGGCAGGUAAUCCUGGCCAACAUCCAGUCUAUGCGGAGGACAGUGGGGGAGAUCGAGGGCUGUAAGGCUGAACUUGGACUACCUCAAGGGGCAGAAGAGACACUGAGUGCUUUUCCCAGAGCUGUGCUACUCCUACAGCCCCUCCAAGAGUUGGAACAGCUGACACAAGAGCAGAGUAGAGCGUUGGCGAAACGCAUACAAGGCCCUCCCUUCGGCAAAUCAGACCAUGACUCCAUCCUCCUGCUUCCUGUUUACAAGCAAAAACACAAACAGGAAGUACCGAAGUGGUUCGACGAAGCGGACACUAAGCUAGAAGACUGCUUCGCUAGCACAGACUGGAAUAUGUUCAGGGAUUCAUCCAAUAUCAUUAAGGAGUUUACCAUCAAUGACUUCCCCACAGGCAACAUGCGUGAAGAGGAUGCCUCAGAAGCAUGCCUCUCUGAGGACGAGGAGGAGUACGAGGAUGAAGAUCAUCACUCAUCAUCCUCUGACACACUCACAUGCAGUUUUCCUGAGGACCCAGACGAGACUCUUAGCCACCAGGAGCUGGCAGAAUCAGUGGCUACAACCACCCAAUGGCUCCAGGAUAGUGACGCUAUGUCUGAAGCCCACACCGCCGCUGUCACUAAGGCUACAGGGUCAAGGGCAGAGGGGACCGGCGGUGGCUUUGGUGGUCUGAGAGAGAUAGAGGUGUGUGCUGCAAGCCUUAGACAACUCAGACACAGAGCAAGUGGCCUUUCCUCUGCCAAUUCAAAGGAAGGUGGCUAUCCCAUGUUGGAUAGAGAGCUCUACACAGCUCUGUGUGGAGCGGAGCAUUCUCUGGAAACACUCACUGGCCUGUUGCUCAGUCCCUCUAUUACCACCGUGGAGGACAGUCAACUAAGACUGCUACAGAUGGAGGCAGGGACGGAGCAACAGGAGAGCCACGUGUGCGUUUAUGAUGAUUUUGAACGUGGACAGAGUGACCCAUUCACACACAUCAAGGAUGUCCCCAUGCUGGAGGUCAGUAACGAUGGUGUGUCUCUGCAGUAUGUCGUUGGUCGGUGUCCCGAGGAUGCAGUGGAGCUACAGCGGGUGUCCCAGGCCCUGCUGCAGGGUUUGGCCAGUCUGGUGGAGCUAGGCAGAGAGCGUCUGGCAGACAGUCAGGACCACCCACCGCACAGCCGCACCCAGCUGCAGACUCUGCUCAGCAGGCACAUGAAGCUGUACCAGGUUAUGGAGUCCCAGCUGGCGUUGGUGCAGCGGCUGUUCCAGUGUAAGCCACAGGGGGGGCUGGUUGGUCAGGAGGAUGAACAGGUCCGGCUGGAGCAACAGGUCAACACUCUGCAGCAACAGGCUCUGGAGCAGGGAGCCACCAUGCACAGAAGGCUGCAGUGGGAGGAGGGCUGUGUUCAGCUGGGCCGGCUGCUGGAGAAGCUUGAAGCCCUCGUCCCCUGCGAGGGUCCCGUGGAGGAAGAAGAGGGACUGCUACAGGAAAGACUGGACACCUGUCAGCAAGUGCUGGCCCUGUUGGAGGAGUGCAGGCCUGCCCUGGGCUCGGUCCUGGACCAGGGGAAGGCUCUGCAGGCCUGGGGAUGCAGUACCGUGGUCGGCGGCACAGGAGGAGUCCUGGAGCUGCGCUGGCGGGCUGUCCGCAGCAAGGCAGAGCAGGAGAGCCAACGCAGCCGUGACAUAAGGGACAACUGGACCAGGUUCCACAACGACUCUGUGUCGCUCACUGGAUGGAUGGGCAGUGCUAAAGAACGCCUGAAGACAUGGAGAAGUCUGCCCGACGCCACACCUCAAAACGAGGACCACACUCGUACUUACCUCAUCCAACUACUGGAGUUUUCAGUGGAGCUGGAAACCAGGUCCGCUGAAAAGGCCUCUGCGCUCAGGGCGGGCACAUUGCUACUGCAGCUGAAGGAGGCUGAUGCACCGGGGCUGCGCAGACAGCUAGCGCAGCUGGAGCAAACUUGGACCGAAGUCACGUCUGCACUUCCCAUAGCCCAGGAGAGACUGCGCCAGCUCCUGCUGGAGAAGUGGCCACCAUGCCAGGUAUUGUCAGGCCUGGAGGCGUGGGUGAAGGACACAGAAGCCAGGCUGGAGGAUCAGGGACAGGCCACCAUCAAGGCCUGCCAUGAUGCAGAUCAGCUCAGACACAUAAUCCAAUACUACCAGGGGUGCCAGGCAGGCAAUGCCAGCGGGCAACUCACCCUGGAUUUCCUGUGCCAGUCCGGACCGCAGUCAGUGACAGCGUCGGAUAACUCUGGCAGCUGCUCUGAGGAGCGCACACUCUUUGCCGAGCGAAUGGGUGCCCUCAACUUAAGCUGGCUCCUCCUAGAAGGGAAGCUGGGCAGUCAAGUGUGCCAGGCUGAGGAGCUGUUCCGCAUCUGCGCAGAAAGAGAGAAGCGACUGCGACGGGUGCUCAGCUGGACUGUGGGGCAGAGAGAGAGGCUGAGGGAGUGGCAGAGACCUGUCAGUCAGACGCAGGUGGACAAGGCCCUGCAGGAGUGGGAGGCUGUGGAGGAGAAACUGAAAGACGUGUGUGUGGAGGUCGAGGAUCUGGUCCGCGACACCUGGUCUGCAGACACAGUCACCCAGGUCUGCACAGACUUCAACCAACAGGUUGGGAGCCUGAGGCCUGUUCUCCAGCGGUUGCUAGUUCAGUGGGGCCAGUUUGAGAAGGAGCUGGGUGAUGUUUCAUUCUACACCACUAAGCUGCGCUGUGGUCUGGAACACAGCAGUGGUCCCUUCCUCUCCUCCCACCAGGUCAAAAGGCAUGUGAAGCAGCUACAGUGCCUCCAGGAGGAGGCUGGGAUGGGGGCGGAGAUGUGGACUGCUCUGGACCAGUCGUACGCAGGCCUGUCGGACGCUAUCAGUCCUGGAGCGGCCCAACUCCUUAUUGAGAGACUUGAGGAGGAGAGAACACAGUGGAAGGCGCUAGUGCAGGAGGUGGAUGAGGAGCUGCUGAGAACUGGGGAUCUGCUGUCGUUCUGGGGGGAGUACAACCGUCUGUACGACCAAUGCUCUGUCCGCCUGCAACACCACCAGGAACAGUGGGGGGCGCUGCUCAGCUUCCUGUCGACACCAUACCACUCCACACAGGACCUGGUCGAUGCCAUCAAGCAUCAGCAGGUUGGCUUUGAGGAUGUUCAAGGCAGUCUGGGCGAAGUCCUGGAAGCCUCCAAGCCUCUGAUUGGACAGGCGGAGCCAAUUGUCGCUGCCAUCGUCCAAUCAAAGUCCAUGUUGUUGUCACGUGACCUCGUGCUACUGGGCCAGGCGUUGUCAGGGAAGCGUGCACGGCUUCAGGAGGAUUUGGAUCAACGCCACACAAUUAGCAGUAGUAUGGAUUCACUGGAGCUGCAGACCGAGGCUUUGCGUCACAUGCUCACUUCUGAUGUCUGCAGCAUGGACAGUGUGAAGACUGCUCUGAUGGCGCUGAGCCAUCUGCGUCCUGCCCUGGAUGACCUCACUGAGGCACGCCUUUCUGUGACCCUGGAUGGCCUGGAAGCAGAUAGACUGAAGUCCCUGACCAGGAAGUGGGCGCAGGCCCUCUACUGCGCCUCCCAUAUGAACAGGCCUGACCUCACCCUAAAGCUCGCCCAGAUGAGAGAGCGAUGGCAGCGGAUUGUUAGUGUGGCACAGCAGCGAAGUAGCCUGGUGCAGGAACGGCUGGGCCAGUGGCAGUUCUACACCCGGGGUGUGAGGAGGCUAGGGGGGCUGCUGAGAGAUGUGGAGACCUUACUUCCUUCUGCUGCUCAGGCCCUCUGUACUCUGCAGCAGCUACCAUGUUCCCUGGAGGACUUGGGGCGUGCUGAAGAGACUCUCGCCCAACACAACGGCUUCUACAGACACACACUAGAGACAGGCAGGCUGCUGUCCUCCAUGGCAGAGCUACAGACACAGGCCCAGCUACAGACAGAGUUACAGACCUUGCAGGAGUCCUGGGACCACGCCAGGGAGCUACUGGGAGAAAGGAGAAUCCUACUGGAAACUGUUGUUCAGAAUUGGGGCCACUUUCAGGUCAGACUAGUCGACAGCGCACACAAACUGGAUGAGCUCAGGGACAGGCUGAAGCAACCGCUGCCAGAGAGGCUGGAGGAGCUACAGGGUGAAGAGAAGCUCACAGAGGAAAACGAGGCCUCUCUGGAGUUGGGGACUGGUGGAGUGAAGGAGUUGUCCACCAUGAAGACGGAUCUGUCCCAGUACAUCUUGGCCGGGGAUGCUACCCUACUACAAGGACAGGUGGAGCAGCUGCACUGCCAGUGGGAGGAACUCUGUCUAAAGGUAUCCCUACGCAGGCAGGAGAUCGCCGACCGGCUCAGUGCCUGGACCAUCUUCAAUGACAAGAACAAGGAGCUGUGUGACUGGCUGACCCAGAUGGAGAACAAGGUGUCGCACAGCGGAGACCUCAGCCUCGAGGAGAUGGUGGAGAAACUGAAGAAGGACUGUAUGGAGGAGAUCAACCUGUUCAGUGAGAACAAAAGCCACCUCAAGCAGCUGGGGGAGCAGCUGAUGCUGGCCAGUGACCAGGCCAAGCAGGCCCAGCUCCACGGCACCUUGAGGGACGCCAGGGACCGUUGGCAGCAUCUCUUCCACCACAUAGAGGCCAGGCUGAGGAAGCUGAAGGAGACCCUGGGUAUGGUGCAGCAGCUGGACAAGAACAUGAGCAACCUGCGAUCAUGGCUGUCCCGCAUCGAGACCCAGCUGGCCAGGCCCGUCACCUACAACGUGUGUCACCAUGAGGAGAUCCAGAGACGGCUCGCCCAACAGCAGGAGCUACAGAGGGACAUCGAGCAGCACACGGAGGGCGUGGCGUCCGUCUUGAGGCUGUGCGACAUCCUGCUGCACGACCAGGAUGCGUGUGGUGGAGGCGACGGCGAGAAUGACUCCAUCCAGCAGACCACCUGCAGCCUAGACCAGCGCUGGAGGGCUAUCUGUGUCAUGUCCCUGGAGAGGAGGCUCAGGAUCGAGGAGACCUGGAGGCUGUGGUGUAAGUUCCUGGAUGACUACUCGUGCUUUGAGGACUGGCUCAAGGUGGCCGAACGCACGGCAGCCAACCCCAACUCUGACAACGUUCCGUACACAGUCGCCAAGGAGGAGCUCAAGAAGUUUGAGGGCUUCCAGAGGCAGGUGCAGGAGCGUGUGACCCAGCUGGAGCUGGUCAACAACCAGUACCGCAGGCUGGCCCGGGAGAACCGCACAGACGGCGCCAGCCGCAUCAAGGUUAUGGUCCAUGAGGGCAACUGCCGCUGGGAUGCACUGCACAGGAGGACAGCGGCCAUCUUACGCAGGCUAAAGCAUUUUACGGGUCAGAGAGAGGAGUUUGAGGGGACCAGGGAGAGCCUGCUGGUGUGGCUGACGGAGAUGGACCUGCAGCUCACCAACGUGGAGCACUUUUCAGAGACAGACACGCAGCACAAGAUGAAGCAGCUCAACUCCUUCCAGAGGGAGAUCACCCUCAACACGGAGCGCAUCGACGGGCUGAUUGUGUUCGGUGAGGGCCUGAUCCAGAGGAGCUCUCCGCUGGACGCCGCUCUCAUCGAGGACGAGCUAGAGGAGCUACACUCCUACUGUCAGGAGGUGUUUGGCAGGGUGGUCCGCUUCCACCAGCGCCUCACGCAGCCACCGGUGUUGAAGGAGGAACCGGAGCUCUUCAGUGGGGACAAGCCCCUGGAGGGGAGCUGCGAGCUGAUUGGCCGUUCCUGGCUGGGGCGGAGCCAGAGUCAGGGGAGUGCCCCUGCCACACCCACCCACCUGUUGGCCCCUCCCCUGGAGUGUUCGGGCCGGGAGACACCCGUGAGCGUGUGCGACUCCAUCCCUCUGGAAUGGGACCACACGGGAGACGUAGGAGGAUCUUCGUCCCAUGAGGAGGAGGAGGUUGAGAAGAAAGACGGGACCUAUUACAGUACUCUGUCAGGUAAAAUACAUUGGCGCUCACCAGGCGACCCGGACAGGAAGUCCCUCCACCUGGACUCUCCUGACGGCCUAGACCCCUCACCUACACACACUAGCACUCCCUUCAAACAAGGCUACGUGCGUCUGAUGUCAGAGUGCAGUGGUAGCAUCAAAAGUGUCAAAAGGGUCUCCCUGAUCCUGGAUGAUGAGGAGCAGCCCGAGGAACAGGGCCUCACUGGCCUGACGACCGCUGACAAACAAUCAGGGGUGAUCGAGCGUUGGGAGCUGCUGCAGGCUCAGGCCAGGAGCAACCUGCUGUCUGGCCUGCGGGAGCCUUGCCAGUUGACCUCUGACCUGCGUGACAUCACUUCCUGGCUGGGGUGGGUAACGCCGGAGCUGGAGAGAGUGCAGGUUCGCGAGACCCCCACCAGCAUCCAAGACAUGGAGGCUAGGGUCAAACAACUCAAGGAGAUGCAGAAGGUAUUUGCUCACUACAAGGCCGUCAUGCUGUCGCUUAACCUGGGCGGUCGUGAGUUGGGGGGGUGUGACGGUCCGGAGGCUCGGGAGCUAGGGGAGGGCCUGGCUAGUAUGAACCAGGGCUGGAUGCUGGCCUGCACUGGCCUGGAGGAGUGGCAGGACAGUCUGCGUACCACUGUCAUGCGCUGUCAGGAGUUCCACGAGACGCUGCACUCCCUGCUUCUGUGGCUGGCCCAUGCCGAGAGCAGGCGCUACGCCGUCGACAUCCACCACCCGGACACGCCGCCAGGCACGCUGUUGGAGCACCGCAACACACUCACUGGCCUGCAGAAUGAGUUGCGGGCGAGACAGAGCCAGGUGGGCUGGCUCCAGGGGCUGUGGAGCCAGCUGCAGCCAGCGGAGGAGGGGGGGGGGGAGGAGAGCGUAGAAGCUCGGGAGAAGCUCCACGUGACAGCCAACAAACUGUGGACGCUGCUCCGCCAGGUGGCCCACGACCUCAGCGUCGUGCAGGAGCGCCUGGACUGUGGGACUCUAUCUGCAGGUCCGGCUGCGGCUCGAGCUGCAGUUGAAAGUGAGGGCAGAGGGCAGGCGGAGGGAAGCCAGUCCCCGUCUAAUGCCAGUCAAGAGGAGGGCACCAAUACCACACCAACCUCAGCUGGCAGAAGGGGGGAGAAGAGGGACCCAACCCCACCUCGCUCCUUCUUCUACCGCGUGCUGCGAGCCGCCUUCCCCCUACACCUCCUCCUCCUCCUGGUCCUAGUGCUGGCCUGCCUGGUGCCCCUGGCUGAGAACGACCACAGCUGCACACUGUCCAACAACUUUGCCCGCUCCUUCUACCCCAUGUUGCGCUACACCAAUGGCCCACCACCCACCUGAUACAAACACUGACAUGCGUGGCCUGCUUCCAAAG